AUGUUAACGAUAGCAUUAUUGACGAUAGCAUUAUUUGACGUCACCGAUAGAUAUGAGCGUUUGAUCACCUUACAUAUAAGGCAGGUGCGAUACACAUUGUUGUCCAUCAAGAACAAAUAUUGUUACGAUAAGGAGCUUCAGAAUAGAGUACACAUGCUGCUAUGUGUGUAUGACCGGGCUGAAGCACUACUCCCCAUGAAAGCAUCGAGAAAAUCAGACGAGUGUUUGAGAAGGACUGUCUAA